UGUAGCCCUAACAGCAACACGCAACAAUCGGAAGCGACAUCGAAAUCACUGGACAUGGAACGUUGGCAAAACAAAAUCGCCGUGGUCACUGGCGCAAGUGCCGGCAUAGGUGCUGCCAUAUGUAAAGCCCUUGUCGAGCAGGGAAUGAUAGUGGUGGGCUUGGCAAGACGUCUGGAAAAAAUAGAAACCCAAACGCGUUCUUUGAUAGGUGAAAAAUAUCAAAAGAAUUUCCACAGCUAUAAAUGCGAUGUUGGUGUGGAGGAGAGUGUAAAGGAAGCUUUUGCUUGGAUUGCCAUGAAAUUUGGUGGUGUCGAUAUUCUCAUUAACAAUGCUGGCGUUUUCAAACCAAUUAAACUCAUUGAUGAGGAUAAUUCGCAAAGCAUUAGUGAAACUAUUAAUACAAAUAUAAUGGGUGUGAUUUGGUGUACACGUGAGGCUUUCCGCAACAUGAAACAGCGUAAUGUCGAUGGUCAUAUUAUAAUUAUCAACAGUGUUGCUGGACACAGAAUUCCAAUUAUACCUCUGUACAGUUUAAAUGCCUAUGCACCCUCCAAGCAUGCAGUGACGGCAAUGACCGAAGUUUUGAGACAAGAAUUUCAAACGGAACAAACUAAAAUUAAAAUUACGAGCAUCAGUCCUGGCGGCGUUCGAACUGAAAUUAUUGGCAAUCUUCCUAAAGAGUAUGCUAAUAUACCGUUGUUGGAUAGUAAAGAUAUUGCCGAUGCAGUUGUAUUUUGUAUUCAAACACCUCCUCAUGUCCAAAUUCAUGAAAUGAUUAUUAAACCAAUUGGAGAAAAAUCUUAAAAAUUUCAAAUAUAUAUAGAAGCCAUAUUAACAAAAGAAAUAAAUAUAAAAUUUCA